UAUGCCAUUUUUGGGCCAGGACUGGAGAUCUCCUGGAUGGAGCUGGAUUAAAACAGAAGACGGCUGGAAGAGAUGUGAACCCUGGCGUGAGGGACUUGAAGGAGAGAAUAACCGGUGUGGCGCCAGCCACGGCACUAUCUUAAAUAGUGAAGAUGAAGAAAUAUUCAAUAAUGAAGAGCAUGAAUAUGCAUCCAAAAAAAGGAAAAAGGACCAUUUUAGAAAUGACAAAAGUACUCAGUGUUUUUAUCGUGAAAAAUGGAUCUAUGUCCAUAAAGAAAGCACAAGAGAAAGACAUGGCUACUGCACUUUGGGAGAAGCUUUUAACCGCUUAGACUUCUUCAGUGCGGUCCAGGACGCCCGGAGGUUCACUUACGUGGCCAGACUGUUGCAGCUGAUCGCAAAGUCCCAGCUGACCUCGCUGAGCGGUGUGGCCCAGAAGAAUUACUUCAACGUUCUGGAUAAAAUCGUUCAAAAAGUUCUCGAUGACCACCAAAACCCUCGCCUAAUCAAAGAUCUUCUCCAAGACCUAAGCUCUACCCUUUGCAUUCUAAUUAGAGGAGUGGGGAAGUCCGUUCUGGUGGGAAAUAUCAACAUUUGGGUUUGCCGGUUAGAAACUAUUCUCAACUGGCAGCAGCAGCUACAGAAUCUUCAGAUGACUGAGCAGGUGGACAGCGGCCUGACGCUCAGCGACCUUCCCGUGCACAUGCUCAGCAACAUCCUGUACAGGUUGUCGGACGGGUGGGACAUCGUCACUCUGGGUCAGGUGACCCCGACGCUGUCCGCGCUCAGCGAGGACCGGCGGCUGUGGAAGAAGCUCUGCCAGUACCACUUCGGAGAGAAGCAGUUUUGUAGACACUUGAUCCUUUCAGAAAAAGGUCAUAUCGAAUGGAAGUUGAUGUAUUUUGCGCUUCAGAAACAUUACCCGACUAAGGAACAGUAUGGAGACACACUGCACUUUUGUCGGCACUGCAGCAUCCUCUUUUGGAAGGACUGCCGCCUUGCUUUAUUACUCGAGGACUCGGGCCACCCCUGCACGGCUGCUGACCCCGACAGCUGCUUCACGCCCGUGUCCCCGCAGCACUUCAUCGACCUCUUCAAGUUCUAA